UGGCUGUAGUCUUUGAGGUGUGUUCGAGUGCAACUUUUUGGCCAAGACAAAGGCGACACGAGGCAACUCCACGGUCGGCCUUCGUCGCCGCUAGUUGUUUGAUAUCGGGUUGGUUUGUCUGGGCCUUUAGACUCGACUUGACAAAAUCAAAAAGACUUGCAAAUCGACUUGGACUCCUGGUGAAGAGCGCAUUAUGACUUGGGACUUGCCUGUCUUGACUCAGGGCUUGAGUGCAAAGACUUGAGACUCACUUGUGACUUGCAAGACAAGGACUUGGUCUCACCUCUGGUUUUACCUACUCAGAUUAUUUCAUUAGAAGCACUUAAGAUGCUGAAGAGGUAAAACUGAGUCCAGUAUUUCACAAGAAAAUAGAAAAGAGUCGAGAAAAGUCCAGAAAAAAUAAACCAAAUUUCCUAUAGAAGAAUUUGUUUUUAUUAUAAUUUCCUACCCUUGUAAUAAUUUGGCGACCCCUGAAAUUCAUCUGGCGACCCCUUCUGGGGGUACUGAACCCCAGGUUGGGAAGCACUGGGGUAGAGUAGAGCUAUUGUAGUAGAUUGAUGUAGUGGAAGGGAAUGCACCUCAACUUUCUCAGUUCAUAUUUUUCAGAAACUAUGAAUCUUUCUGUAUAGCUUGUCAGUGAGUUAACAUCAUUAUUAGUAGCUUUGCUUUAGUCUUUUCAAAAUAAUGGGCUUAUUGACCCUUGUCUGCCUUAUUGUGAUCCACAACUGGACUCAGCUUCUUUCUAUUCACCACUACGUCACUGUCGGUGACUGACACAGCCUGCUCAGUCUCGUAGCUGAUGUCAGUCACAGCCUGACUGACUGGUCACAGGGCAGCAUCACUCAUUCUUGUCUCUGCUAGACUCACUACACGGUCUCAGGAUGAGAGCUAUAGCCAUGUCUUCCAGUGCAGCGAUGGUGCGGAUCCUGAUAAAGGGCGGCAAGGUGGUGAACGACGACUGCACCCAGGAGGCCGACGUCUACAUCGAGAACGGCAUCAUCAUGCAGGUGGGGAAGGAGAUGAUGAUCCCAGGUGGAGCCAAAGUGAUCGACGCCACGGGAAAGCUGGUCCUCCCCGGAGGCAUCGACACCAGCGUCCACCUGGAGGAGAGCUUCAUGAACGCCACCACGGCGGACGACUUCUACAGCGGCACCAAGGCUGCACUAGCUGGCGGUACAACAAUGGUGAUCAGUCACAUUCUGCCAGAGAAGAAUGAGUCUUUGGUGGAAGCCUACGAGACGUGCCGCAGCUCGGCGGACGCCAAAGCCUGCUGUGACUAUGCUCUGCAUGUGGGAGUUACUUGGUGGGGACCCAAGGUGCGAGCUGAGAUGGAAAAGCUGGUGAGGGAGAACGGAGUGAACUCCUUUCAGAUGUUCAUGGCCUAUAAGGACACGUUCAUGCUGAGGGACAGCGAGCUCUUCCAGGCUCUGCAGCACUGUAAGGACAUCGGAGCUAUAGCCAGAGUCCAUGCUGAAAAUGGGGAACUGGUGGCAGAGGGUGCAAAAGAAGCAUUGGACCUGGGCAUCAGUGGCCCAGAGGGGAUUGAAAUUAGCAGGCCUGAAGAGUUGGAAGCAGAGGCGACCCACAGGGCAAUUACCAUUGCCAACAGGGCCCACUGCCCGAUCUAUCUCGUCAAUGUGUCGAGUAUGUCUGCAGGAGAUGUUGUAGCUACAGCCAAGAUGCAGGGUAAGGUUGUCCACGGUGAAACGACCACGGCCCACGCUGUGCUCAGCGGUAUGCAGUACUACCAUCAGGACUGGGCCCAUGCUGCUGCCCACGUUACCGUGCCUCCUCUCCGCCUGGACCCCAACACUCCCAGUUUCCUAAUGAGUCUGCUGGGAAAUGACACUCUGAAUGUGGUGGGAUCCGACCACCGUCCAUUCACCAUCCACCAGAGAGCCAUGGGUAAGGAUGACUUCACAAAGAUCCCCCACGGGCUUCCUGGCAUUCAGGAUCGCAUGAGCGUCAUCUGGGAGAAAGGAGUGAUUGGAGGGAAGAUGGAUGAGAAUCGCUUCGUAGCAGUCACAAGCUCAAACGCAGCCAAGAUCUACAACCUCUACCCGAGGAAAGGAAGGAUCAUCGCGGGAGCAGAUGCUGAUGUGGUGGUCUGGGACCCCGAGGGAUCCAAGACCAUUUCAGUGGAGACCCAGGUCCAGGGAGGAGAUGUAAACCUGUACGAAGGUCUCCGUUGUCAUGGCGUUCCCCUGGUCACCAUCAGCCGUGGCCGUAUGGUCUAUGAGAAUGGGAUGUUUACAUGUGCUGAGGGCUCUGGGAAGUUCUGCCCUCUGAGGACCUUCCCAGAUUACCUCUACAAGAAGAUGGUUCAGAGGGAAAAGAGCCAGGCUGUGAAACCAGUUGAACGGGAGCCCUACACAGGGGAAGUUGUUCCGGUGCUCAACUUAGGAAAGAGGGACUUUGGGGUUUCAGAUCUGGACACUCCGACGCGCCCCUGCACCCGGCACGGAGGCGUGAGGGACCUCCAAGGGUCCAGCUUCAGCCUGUCUGGUGCCCAGAUCGAUGACAACAUUCCAAAGAGAUCCUCGGCCCGGAUCCUCGCUCCUCCUGGAGGGAGAUCCAGCGGGAUCUGGUAACCAAUGAGACGGCCCUUACGUGAAGCGGAAGAAUGACACCCGAGGGAAACAUAUGGCCAAGCCAGAUGACUUGUUUUUCUUUCUGGAAGCUUAGAAUAUGUGUGGGGUAACAGAGUCAUGUUUUUAUUUUGAACUCAGCACAGUUACAUUUGCCGUAAUAAUAUUGGAAUAUGGAUCAAGGAAAACUAUAGCUAACUGGUUAUAGCUACCAAAUUUCAGUCAAAAGUAAACCAAAUAUAAGCAGCAAAAUAAAGGAUGAGUUGCCAAUGGAUUACUUUGGUUGUUGGAUCACUUUUAGGGGAAAUAUCUUACUAAUAGUUUUAGGAAUAUGAAGGUGAGUCAUGGUUUUUAUGAUGCGAUUGUGUUACCUCACUGUAAAAUACGAUUUUGCACUUGUAUCAUGUCCUAUUUAGAUGCCUUUUUACAUGAUUUAAUGUCACAAAUAUCACAAAUGUCUUUUUACUGCGAGCCAUGGUGAAUGAAAUGUAAUAAAUUAUUACAAAGGUGUCGGCAUGACAUUAAUAUGUCAGUUAUUAAAAAUAGAGUUGACCAAUUGAUGAAAAAUAUCAUAAUGCAAGCUAACCUUUUAUAUGCGUUUUGUUUAUUUAUUAUUUAUAUGGCAUUAUUUGUACGGUUUUCCGUCGAUGCUACUGUGUUAGAAUGAGGUCUUUGUUCAGUAGUUCAUCGUUGUCAGAUUAGCAUUUCAGAUCAUGUUUACAGCCUUAUAGCAGAAUAGACUUCUGUUCCACCCCCCACCAAAUGUGAAUGAACCUAUGCUGUGUGUACUGUGCAUGGUAGCAGAGUUAGAAACUGUAAUAAGAAGCACUGAUGUUGCUCAUGUUACGCAGCAUUAUUUGUGAUCGUAUCCAUUUUCCACAGAGAGCAAAAAGUCUCACCCAAACUGCCUUUUUCUCACCUGAGAACACUGACAGCCACAAACACAUAGUCCCACACUGCCGCCAGCACAGAUCAUGACAUGUUGAACUCUGUCGUUUCUUUUAGAGCGAGCACUUUUUACUGGUCUGAAACGGCCGGGUUGAAAAGGUUCCUCUGACUGACACUUCCGAUGUAACACGCCACUGUGACGCAUAUAGAGAAGCAUUCACAGAGUUGAAGUUUAACAGCAGAUAUGUUAUGUCAAUAAUUUUCUUCAGGGGAUCAAAUGCCUUCACACCACAGAAAGCUCAGCAUCAUAACUGGAAGGCAUGCUUGUUUUAGCAACUACAGAAAAGCACUGAUACUACUACUGUAUUUUUAUUGUUUGUUUUUAGUUUGUCUUGUGAAUAAUUGUCUCAGUAAUUGUUUUUGUUGUGUUUUUGUCAAACCUGCAGUGUCAGCAGGGAUGCACACAAGAUUUUAAUCAUGUUUAGUUCUGUUCAGAAGAUUAUCACACUAUACAGUAAAAGUUCUACAGCAUUGUUUGUUUUUUCAGAUUUCACUUUUAGAAGCUCCAGUGAAUCUCGUUGUGUCUUCCUCCUCCCACAUGUACACUGGUGCUGAUCAAUGUGUCCUCACAUUGACUUCCUUUUAUCUCUUGUUUCUUCUUGCAGCUCUUUAUCACAUGAUUUGAGUGCAAAUAAACCACAAUGAAAUCUCAAA